AUGCAGUUCUCAAUCGCUCUGGUAUUGCUCCCCGUAUUGGCGUUGGCCAAGCCGGUCGUGGAGGAUCGUCAGGUUAAGAAGUGCUGCUAUGUGUGGGAGGGCCAACCCCAGGCUUACUACGAGGUUACUACUGAUGGAGACUACCUCGACGAGUCUAAAAUGUGCUUCAUGUACUACAUCCGCGACACGUCUGACCCCGAUAACUGUGAUGCGGCAUCACGUAAGGCAACCAGUGGCUACUGCGUGGACGACACUGCAUUCCCUGUUGUAGAGUGCAGAUCUUAG